AUGUAUCCCGGUAGUGGACAUUAUACCUAUAACAAUGCUGGCAACAAUAAUGGGUACCAACGGCCCGUGGUCCCCCCUCCUGGCCGGCAAUACGGACAGCAAUACGGACAGCAAUACGGACAGCAAUAUGAUCAACAAUAUGAUCAACAGUAUGCACCUCCGCCAGGUCCUCCACCCGGGAACUACAACAGGCCUGUAUAUCCUUCUCCACAUUUCCAGCAGGAGCAAGCGGAGGCACAAUUGAACAACGGUUACAACAAUCCAAAUGUGAACGCCUCUAAUAUGUACGGCCCACCUCAGAAUAUGUCGCUGCCUCCCCCACAAACACAAAAUAUUCAGGGUAUAGAUCAGCCAUAUCAGUAUUCUCAGUGUACUGGGCGCAGAAAGGCUCUAAUCAUCGGUAUCAACUACAUAGGUUCGAAAAAUCAGUUGCGUGGCUGUAUCAACGAUGCUCAUAACAUCUUUAAUUUCUUGACGAAUGGGUAUGGUUAUAGCUCAGAUGAUAUUGUCAUAUUGACAGACGAUCAAAACGAUUUGGUUAGGGUCCCCACUAGGGCUAACAUGAUGAGAGCCAUGCAAUGGCUGGUCAAAAACGCACAGCCCAAUGAUUCCUUGUUCCUUCAUUAUUCUGGACACGGGGGUCAAACUGAAGAUUUGGAUGGAGACGAAGAAGAUGGGAUGGAUGAUGUUAUAUACCCGGUUGAUUUUGAAACGCAAGGGCCUAUUAUCGACGACGAAAUGCACGAUAUAAUGGUUAAACCUUUACCGCAAGGUGUUAGACUAACAGCUUUAUUCGAUUCCUGUCAUUCAGGCACGGUAUUGGAUCUCCCAUACACUUAUUCCACGAAGGGGAUUAUCAAAGAACCGAAUGUUUGGAAAGAUGUUGGCCAAGAUGGGUUACAGGCUGCCAUUUCAUAUGCUACAGGGAAUAGAGCCGCUUUAGUGGGGUCUUUAGGCUCUAUAUUCAAGACUGUUAAAGGGGGUAUGGGCAAUAAUGUGGAUAGAGAGCGCGUCAGACAGAUUAAGUUCUCAGCCGCAGAUAUUGUUAUGUUAUCCGGCUCCAAAGAUAAUCAAACUUCUGCAGAUGCUGUGGAAGACGGUCAAAAUACAGGUGCAAUGUCCCAUGCUUUUAUCAAGGUGAUGACUCUACAGCCACAGCAAUCAUAUUUGUCUCUUCUACAAAACAUGAGAAAAGAAUUAGCUGGUAAGUAUUCUCAAAAACCGCAAUUGUCAUCCUCACAUCCUAUUGACGUAAACUUGCAAUUUAUUAUGUAG